AUGGCACAGAAUCUGACGGAUUCAAUUCAUCAAGUUUUAUAUAGCAAAGAAGAUGGAGUUUGGUAUGAUUUGGAUUUGGUUGAGAAAAAAUUAAGGAAUAAAUUUUACCCGAGCAAUAUUUACCCUCUUCUUUUGGAGAAUAGGCCGAAUAAUGUUUGUGAUAGAAUUGUUAAUUAUUUGUACAAAAGUGGAGCACUUGAAUUUAAAGGAGGAAUUCCUUCAUCUAUGGAACGUAAUUCAAGUGAGCAAUGGGACUUCCCCAAUGGAUGGGCUCCACAACAACAUUUAUUUGUUGUUAGCCUUUUAAAUUGCAAAAACAAUACAAAAGCCAAAAAUAUUGCAAAUAAAAUAGUUAAUGGAUUUUUAACGACAACAUUUAAUGGAUUUUUUAAUCCAAAAAAAGGAAAGCCUGCCCAAAUGUGGGAGAAAUAUGAUGUUCGGUUUGAAGAUGGUCAAACUGGAUUUGGAGGGGAAUAUCCCCCUCAGUCAGGGUUUGGAUGGAGUAAUGGAGUUGUUUUGGAAUUUAUUAGAAUGUUUUAUACAAAAUUGGAAGGAAAUUAGACAAGACUUUUAUUUAGAGAUUGGACCGAGAAAAGUGUGUUUGUUGUU